UCUCUCAAAACUUCUCUUUGAUCAAUAACAAAGAUCUUAAGAUUCAAAACAAUGACAGUUUCUUUCCAUAAUCGCUCUAACAGUUUACCUUCUAGAUCUCACCCACAAGCCGCUCGUGUCGAUGAGCAGUUGGCCUGUUUGAGAUCUUCUGAGGAAGCCUCAACAUCUUCUAUCUGCAAAAGAGUUGACAACCUUCAAGAACUACACGAGUCUCUUGACAAGCUCAUUCGUUUACCCUUUACCCAACAGGCACUAGCACAAGUACAAAACAAGAUAUUCGUCGAGCAGCUUCUUGAUGGAUCUCUCAGGAUCUUGGACUAUUGCAACAUUUCCAAGGAUGUUUUGUCGCAGAUGAAAGAGGGUCUCAUCGAGAUCCAAUCUAUUCUACGAAGAAAGCGAGGUGAUCUAUCAGAAGAGGUCAGGAAAUACUUAGCCUCAAGAAAGUCCCUCAAGAAGACAUUCCCUAAAAUACAAAAGUCUCUCAAUGUUGUUGCACGUGAAGGAGAGUCUUUGGCUGUCUUUGGAGAAGCAGAGGCUAUCACAGUUUCUAUGUUUGAGUCUCUCUUUAGCUACAUGUUUGGAUCAAAGACUUGUGGAAAAUGGUCAGUCGUCUCAAAGCUAAUGAGCAAGAAGAAAGUUACAGCUGAAGCUCAAGUAAACGAAUUCACUAGGGCUGAUUCUGAAUUUCAGUCUGGAAAGAUCUUGAAGAUAGAAGAUGUUCAGAUCCUAGUGUCAUGUAUUCAAGAUCUUGAAGAUGGAGUUGAAUCUCUUUCAAAGACAUUGGUCAAAUAUAGAGUUUCAAUUCUUAACACAUUAGGCCACUAAAGACUACAAUUUUGUACGUAAGAGAAGAUAAUAGAAACUUAUUCAAGUCUCAGGACAUAUUAUUUAUUUGAUCUCGGA